CCACUUGUGCCGACAACGUUUUCCGAUCAGCUGAUUUUAUACAUACACAGCGUACAAUGGCAGACAAUUACUUUCGUUUUGCGAUUGAUCGCGGUGGUACUUUUACCGACGUUUUCGCAAAAUGUCCAGGAGGGAAUAUUCGAGUUAUGAAACUUUUAUCAGAGGAUCCAGCAAAUUACGAUGAUGCACCUCGUGAAGGAAUUCGUCGUAUUUUGGAACAAGAAACAGGAUCAGCAAUCACCGGUGAAAUUGAUACGUCAAAAAUAGCAUGGAUUCGAAUGGGCACAACUGUAGCCACAAAUGCAUUACUCGAGAGGAAAGGAGCUAGAAUGGCUUUAUUAAUAAAUGAAGGAUUUAAAGAUUUAUUGUACAUAGGAAACCAAGCUCGGCCUAACAUCUUUGAUCUCGAGGUUAUAACGCCAGAAGUUUUAUACUCCGAAGUAGUAGAAGUAAAAGCCAGAGUUGUACCAGCUUUGCCAGGAAAAUGUAAUUUACCGAAAAAUACAUGGACUAAAGUCAAAGGUUCUACUGGAGAAGAUCUUUUUAUUACUAAGGAGUUGGAUGAAGCUAAACUCAAGCGAGAUUUACGCAAGCUUAAAGAAAAUGGAAUACAGAGUCUAGCAGUGGUUUUAAUGCAUAGUUACACGUAUGCUGAACAUGAGAUUCAAGUUGGAAAAUUAGCAGCAGAAAUGGGAUUCGAUCAAAUUUCUCUUUCACACGAAGUAAUGCCAAUGACCCGUAUUGUUCCUCGCGGUUUCACAGCUGCGGCAGAUGCUUAUUUAACUCCUCACAUUAAGACUUAUUUACAAGGCUUUUCGAAGGGCUUCAAAAAUAAUCUUGAAGGAGUCAAUGUCUUGUUUAUGCAAAGUGAUGGUGGCCUUACACCCAUGAAUUCUUUCAACGGUUCGAGAGCCGUAUUAUCCGGACCAGCUGGCGGAGUUGUUGGCUAUGCUAUGACAACUUAUCAAAAAGAAACAGACCUUCCGGUAAUUGGUUUCGAUAUGGGUGGUACUUCGACUGAUGUCAGUCGUUACGGUGGGAGCUACGAACAUGUCUAUGAAAGUACGACUGCUGGAGUUACGAUUCAAGCUGCUCAGCUUGAUGUGAAUACAGUAGCAGCAGGCGGUGGAUCGAUGUUAUUCUUCAGAUCGGGUAUAUUUGAAGUAGGCCCGCAAAGUGCUGGCGCUCACCCAGGUCCAGCGUGUUACAAGAAGGGAGGUCCACUAGCUGUGACGGACGCUAACUUGGUUCUCGGCAGAUUACUACCAGAGUACUUUCCUAAAAUUUUUGGAUCUAACGAAAACGAGCCUUUAGACAAAUUAUGUACUCUUGAGGGCUUUGGCAAAUUAACCGAAAAAAUCAACGAUUUUUUAAUCGCCGAAGGCAAAUCAGAGAACGAAAAGUUAUCUAUUGAAGAGGCAGCAAUGGGAUUUAUUAAAAUCGCAAACGAAGCUAUGUGCCGGCCAAUACGAGCACUAACUCAGGCGAAAGGAUACGAUACAUCACGUCAUGUUUUGGCAUGUUUCGGAGGCGCCGGAGGACAACACGCUUGUGCGAUCGCUCGAAACCUCGGCAUGAGCACCGUUUUUGUACACAAAUACGCCGGUAUUUUAUCAGCUUAUGGUAUGGCUCUGGCUGAUGUUGUAGAGGAAGCUCAAGAGCCUAGUGCUGAAAUUUAUAAUGAAGAUUCGUUUGGUCGUCUGGACGAUCGAUUCGACAAAUUGCAGAGCGCUGUUACACAAAAGCUCUUAGCACAAGGAUUUUCAAAGGAUAUAGUUGAAACUGAAUGCUAUUUGCAUUUACGAUACGAGGGAACUGAUUGUGCAUUGAUGUGCACUCCUAUUCCUAAGAAAUCCCAAUCAAUAUGUACUAGACAUGGCGAUUUUGCAGCUUCGUUUUUAAAUCGGUAUCAACAAGAAUUUGGCUUCACAAUGCCUAACCGAAAAGUUUUAGUUAGUGAUAUUAGAGUUCGAGGUAUUGGUAGAACUGAAGUUCACGAAGAGCACUUAAUGCCAAAAUCUAACAAGCCACCUCAAGCAGAAAAGAAAACAAAAGUUUACUUCGAAGGUGGUUAUCAAUAUACGGAAGUAUAUCAAUUAAAAUCUUUAUCGCCUGGUCAUACUAUUAAUGGUCCAGCCAUUAUAAUGGAUAGUUUGAGUACUAUUUUGAUAGAACCACAAUGCACUGCAUCAAUCACAACGCGUGGCGAUAUCAAGAUCAAAAUUGGAGCUGGCUUGCAAUCGAAAGUUACAACGGAUCUCGAUACUAUUCAGCUUAGUAUAUUUUCUCAUAGAUUCAUGAGUAUUGCCGAACAAAUGGGCAGAAUUUUGCAGAGAACAUCUAUCUCGACAAACAUUAAGGAGCGACUAGAUUUUUCAUGCGCUGUCUUUGGACCCGACGGCGGUUUAGUCUCGAAUGCACCGCACAUUCCAGUUCAUCUCGGCGCAAUGCAAGAAACCGUGCAAUAUCAGAUAAAAACAUUCAAUGGCAAAUUCGAAAGAGGAGACUCGAUACUAUCGAAUCAUCCAUCUGCAGGUGGUUCCCAUCUUCCAGAUCUCACAGUCAUAACGCCGGUAUUUUAUAGAGAUGUGCCGGAUCCAGUAUUCUUUGUUGCGAGCAGAGGUCACCAUGCGGACAUUGGAGGUAUAACUCCCGGUUCGAUGCCUCCACAUUCUACGAUGUUGUUGCAAGAAGGGGCUACAUUUAAGAGCUUCAUAUUGGUUCACAAAGGAUUAUUUCGCGAAAAAGAAGUCACCGAUGAAUUGAUGACACCCGGGAAAAUUCCAGGUAGUUCUGGAACAAGAAAUCUUGCUGAUAACUUGAGCGAUCUCAAAGCGCAAAUAGCAGCUAAUCACAAAGGAGCUCACUUGGUUAACGAGUUAAUUGAUGUUUAUGGAUUGGACGUCGUUCAAGCUUAUAUGAAACAUAUUCAAGAUAAUGCAGAAUUAGCAGUACGUGAUAUGCUAAAAUCCGUUGGCGAAAAAAUAAUAGAGAAAACUCAACAUCAUUCCAUUACCGCUUCAGAUUAUUUAGACGAUGGUAGUGAAAUCAAACUUGAAUUGUCAAUUGACAUUCGAAAAGGAGAAGCAAUCUGUGAUUUUACUGGUACUGGAUAUGAAGUUUGGGGCAACUGCAACGCGCCACGUGCUAUCACUUUAUCAGCUUUGAUUUAUUGCCUGAGAAGCAUCGUUGGACACGAUGUACCUCUCAAUCAGGGUUGUUUAAAGCCGGUAAAAGUGAUAAUACCAAAGGGAUCAUUGCUUGAUCCAUCGGACGGGGCUGCGGUCGUAGGCGGCAACGUUCUAACUUCGCAACGCGUUGUCGACGUGAUUCUUUGUGCGUUCGGUGCGUGCGCCGCAUCCCAAGGCUGCAUGAACAACAUUACCCUCGGGACGGAGGAAUGGGGAUACUACGAAACGGUCGCUGGUGGUAGCGGCGCAGGACCUACGUGGGAUGGCAGAGGUGGUGUUCAUACACAUAUGACCAAUACCAGAAUUACUGAUCCCGAAAUUUUAGAACUGCGAUAUCCAGUAAUUCUCCAAAAAUUUUCACUGCGACAAGGAAGUGGUGGUGAUGGCGCUCGUCGAGGUGGCGAUGGAGUUAUACGUGAAAUGUUAUUCAGGGCUCCUAUGACGCUAUCUGUAUUGACAGAAAGAAGGGUCCACUGUCCUCCGGGACUUGAUGGUGGCGAUCCGGGAGCUCGUGGACGAAACACAUUAAAACGCGUGGAUGGUAGAAUGAUCAAUUUAGGUCCGAAAACUGCCGUUGCAGUCAACGCUGGGGACUCAUUCUUGCUAGAGACUCCAGGAGGCGGCGGAUACGGUGAACCAAGAGAAAGGCCGGUAAUGGCCAAAAAGACAAUGAAUACUUUUGUUGAACGUGGUAGUGUUUUCGAAUACCGCAAAGCUCAAGAAUCCGUAUAAUAGUUUGUACAAAAUAUGAAUGAUUCAAUAAGAGAAAGAAAAAAAUUUUUGUGCUUGUCAAAAUUCUUUUAUAAUAUAAUUUUU